AGCCAUUUGCGCAAAAGGAGGUGACAAGGCUCACGAGAGCUAGAAAGCAAUCUGACCAGAGCCAGCGCAAGAGACAGGACAGCAAACAGAGAGCCAUAUAGAUCUUCUCUCUCUUAGGAAUAAAAAAACAGGGAUUUAAUUGUAUCGAAAGAUUGCCACCUCUCAAUAGCUAAUCGAAUCCCUUGGUUUCUGCCUUUUUCCUCAAUUGCCAUAUAUUCAUAUCCAAUAAUUCCCAUUCUGUCCCGCAUAUCCAAUCAUUGGAUUUUGGAAUAUAAAGAUCCGUUUCUCUCUCUGGCGCAAUACGAGGGAAGGAAGAUCCUUUUCUUGCUUUUUGCUCUGAAGGUGUUCGUUGAUGGUCAUCUAAGCUCGUUUCUGUGCAGAACUCUCGGUUUCAAUAAUUUCACCAGAAGAUGGUUGCCUUUGGGAAAAAGUUGAAGGAACGACAAAUUCAAGAAUGGCAAGGAUAUUACAUUAACUAUAAGUUGAUGAAGAAGAAAGUGAGACAAUAUGCUCAACAAAUUGAAGUUGGAACACUAGAUCGCAGACACGUUCUCAAGGAUUUCUCAAGGAUGCUAGACAAUCAGAUUGAGAAGAUUGUCCUUUUUCUCUUGGAACAACAAGGGCUACUUGCAAGUAGGAUUGCCAAACUUAAUGAACAGCAGGAGGCUUUAGAGCAACAGCCAGAUAUAGCUCAGAUAACCCAAUUACGAGAAGCCUAUAGAGAGGCAGGACAAGAUUUGUUAAAGCUUCUCUUUUUUGUUGAGAUAAAUGCUAUUGGUCUGCGUAAGAUACUGAAGAAGUUUGAUAAACGCUUUGGAUAUAGAUUCACUGAUUACUAUGUCAAAACCCGUGCUAAUCAUCCUUAUUCCCUUCUGCAGCAAGUGUUUAAGCAUGUGGGUUUAGGAGCUGUUAUUGGAGCCAUAUCUCGCAAUCUUCAUGAACUUCAGGAACAUCAGGGAAGCUACUUAUCCAUCUAUGAUCAGCCUGCUCUUCCCUUUCAGGAUCCUGUUGUUGAUUCAUUGAAAGCAGCCGUAGACAGGCUCAGUCACUCAACAAACUUCCUUAACUUUUUGGCACAACAUGCACUCAUCAUGCAAGAAGAGCUACCUACUACUACUGAGGAACGUGCUGAUGAUCAAAAAUACCAUUUUAUGUCACUUACCUUGAACUUAGUGAACACAUUUCUUUAUAUGGUCAACACAUAUAUAAUUGUGCCCACAGCAGAUGACUACUCAACAAUGCUUGGAGCUCCAGCAACAGUUUGUGGUGUUGUGAUUGGGGCAAUGGCUGUUGCACAGGUGUUUUCUUCUGUGUAUUUUAGUGCUUGGUCAAAUAAAUCGUAUUUCAGACCUCUAGUAUUCAGCAGUGUUGUUCUUCUUGUGGGAAAUGUUAUGUAUGCAAUGGCACUUGAUUGUCGGUCAAUAACACUUCUUUUAGUUGGCCGUCUAUUCUGCGGAUUUGGUUCUGCUAGAGCUGUUAAUCGGCGUUACAUCAGUGAUUGUGUGCCACUUAGAAUUCGCAUGCAAGCAUCAGCAGGUUUUGUUAGUGCUAGUGCUCUUGGAAUGGCUUGCGGUCCCGCUCUUGCUGGCUUGCUUCAAACUAAUUUUAAAAUUUACAAGUUUACAUUCAACCAAGUCACUUUGCCUGGCUGGGUUAUGGCAGUGGGUUGGCUUAUAUAUCUCAUACUGUUAUGGAUCACUUUUAGAGAACCAUCUCAUGAGACUGAAGAUAACAAUGUAUCACAGGAUAAUGCUGUGACAGGACCAGGGGAAAAUGAUGUGCUUGAGAGGGGUCUUAAACAACCAUUACUGUUGAGUUCCGAAGGCAAGCAAGAGGAUGAAAAUGGUGAUGGAGAAUGUGAUGAGAGUGAAGAAGCUCCUGAAGAAUCUCGACGACCUGCCACUUCAAUUGUUUCAGCAUACAGGCUACUCACGCCUUCUGUAAAGGUUCAGUUGUUGAUCUAUUUCAUGCUAAAAUAUGCCAUGGAGAUUUUACUCUCCGAAUCUAGCGUCAUUACCACCUAUUACUUUGGUUGGUCAACAAGCACAGUGGCAAUUUUUCUUGCAUGUCUAGGUCUAACGGUUCUGCCAGUAAAUAUUAUUGUUGGAAGCUACAUAAGCAACAUGUUUGAAGACAGGCAAAUUUUAUUGGCAUCAGAAAUUAUGGUUUGCCUAGGAGUACUCUUGAGCUUCAAAUUUGUAAAUGCAUACACUGUUCCACAAUAUGUCUGCUCAGGAUUAAUCAUGUUUGUAUCUGCCGAAGUACUUGAAGGCGUGAAUUUGUCUCUGUUAUCUCGAGUGAUGUCAUCCAGGCUUUCCCGUGGAACCUACAAUGGUGGACUACUCUCAACUGAAGCCGGGACGAUAGCUCGUGUAAUUGCUGAUGCCACAAUAACCCUGGCUGGGUACUUAGGCCAGAGUAGGCUCCUGAAUGCCACCCUUAUUCCUUCGCUCUUCAUUUCUGUAGCCUCCAUCAUUGCCACCUGUUUCACCUACAAUUCACUCUAUUGAUUCGUAAGUGUACAAAUUGUCAUUUGAUUAGUGUAGUAUUUUUCAUUUUUUUGUUAAUAUUUUCUUGUAUCAAUAUUCCAAUAUUGUAAGAUACAAGUUCAUUCAUUGUCCUAUUCGAUUGGAAUUUAGUACAGUUUAAGGCUUCUGCUGUGGAGGAUUUUAAUUUUUCAAUUUCCUGGAAUCUCUUGGAAUUUCCGAGUUUCUACCAGAAAUAAUAAGGGAGUUGGACUUUUAUUUUA